UAAGUGAAUCCAAUGUAGAAGUUGCAGUUAAGAGGGUCUCAAAAGGGUCGAAGCAAGGAAAAAAGGAGUACAAGUCAGAAGUGAAGAUCAUUAGCUGUUUGAGACAUAGGAAUUUGGUUCAACUCAUUGGUUGGUGCCAUGAACAACGUGAGUUAAUUCUUGUGUAUGAGUAUAUGCCUAAUGGAAGUCUUGAUUCUCAUCUAUUUGGAGCAAAGAUUAUGCUGAAAUGGCCAGUAAGGUAUAAAAUAGCCGAGGGAUUGGCUUCUGCAAUACUCUACCUUCAUGAAGAGUGGGAACAAUGUGUAGUGCACAGAGAUAUAAAGUCUAGCAAUAUCAUGUUGGAUUCGAACUUCAAUGCCAAACUUGGCGAUUUUGGCCUUGCAAGACUCGUAGAUCAUGAGUUGGGCUUACAAACAACUGUUUUAGCUGGGACCAUGGGCUACCUUGCCCCGGAGUGUUUCACCACUGGCACAGCUUCUAAGGAAUCUGAUGUUUAUAGUUUUGGGGUGGUUUGUCUUGAAAUUGCAUGUGGAAGAAAGCCAGUCGAUCCACGUGCGGGACCAAGCAAGGUUAGGCUAGUAGAGUGGGUGUGGGAUCUCUAUGGAAAUGGUCAACUCCUUGAAGCCGUUGAUGAAAGAUUAGGUAUGGAAUUUGAUGAAGGGCAAAUAAAGAGCUUGAUGGUGGUUGGAUUGUGGUGUUGUCAUCCUGAUCCCACUAGCAGGCCCUCUAUAAGGCAAGUAAUACACGUUCUUAAUUUUGAAGCUUCUUUGCCCAACCUUCCAUCAAAGUUGCCAGUGCCAAUGUAUGUUGGGCCCCCAAUGGACCUAUGUAAAUUAUCCAAUGCUUCAUCGGGUUUCACCAAAUCUAAAGAUCAAACGCAAUGUUCAUGUAGUAGUUGUUCUACUAAUUCGUCUAUGUCAACUGGUCCAAGCAAACCUCUUCUAUAUUCAAGCAAAGCUGAAGUGGAGUUAGCUUCAACCAUGCAUUAAUGUAUAUGAUAAUUCAAACUUUUGUAAUGAACUUGAAAACAUGCAUGUAUCAUGAAUGUAAACUUUCAUUUAAAAGUGUCUUUCCUGAAUGGUUUGAAAAA